GGGAGCGCGCUAGCGCUCGCCGCGUCCGGCCGGCGCUAGGACCCCGCGGAGCCGCGCCGGAAGCGGCUGCCCGCGGCGCGCGCCCAUGGAGCCGGGCGGCUCGCGCCGCCUCAGCACGGCGGAGCUGCUGGCGGCCCGCGCCCGCAAGGCCCCGCCGCGCUCGCGCGGCCAGAAGGACUUCGCCCCCGACGGCUCCGAGGAGCAGGCGGAGAAGCUGCGGCGGUGCCGCGAGGAGCAAUGGCAGCUGCUCUCCGAGGAGCGCGUGGAGCGGCUGGGCAACCUGGUGAAAGCUGAGUGGAAGCCAGGACAGGGCAUUGUGGAGCUGCAGUCCCCUGCGGGGAAGUUCUGGCACACCAUGGGGUUCACAGAGCAUGGCAAGCAGUGUCUGCUGCCUGAGGAAGCUCUCUAUCUGCUGGAGUGUGGCUCUGUUCAGCUCUUUUACAGAGAUCUGCCCUUGUCGAUCCAGGAAGCCUAUGAGAUCCUGCUGGCCCAGGAGGCAAUGAGCCUGCCGCAUUACCAGGUAUUCAGCCACUUGAAGCAACUGGGUUAUGUUGUACUGAGAUUCAACCCCAGCACUGUCCUGUCUCCCUAUGAGAGACAGCUGAACUUGGAGAGUCAUUGCCAGAGCUCCGGGAAACACCAUCGCAAAAGGAGGAGGAGCUCCAGCCCUCGGUCACAUGAGAAGAAACAUAAAGUAUCUGAGGGCCUUCCAGAAGCUGACGGGACCUCCGAAAAGGCUGGUGAUGGCUGUGGAGACUCCAGCUGCCUCCCCGCAGAUGAGACCCCCUUGUUAGAGCAGCCAAAGGAGUCAGAUGCUGGCAGUGGAGGGGGAGAGUCAGCCCCAGUUCUUCCUGAUACGGGACAAGAAAAGGACUCUCCCAGCCCCUCCAGGAGUUGGGCUGGAGACCACAGGGAGAGCAGCCCUGGCACCCGCGCGUCCCGCUGGGAUUUUACCACCAUUGUCUUGCCAAACGUGGCCCCAGACCAGCCGUGCACACGUCUCCCCUCACCUGACAAGGGGCUCCUGCCGGAGAACGUGCCGGGGAGGGAAGUCGAUGCCGCUUGCUGGUGCAGACGCAUCAAUCAGAAGCGGGAAAAGCUGUCGCGAAAGGAAAGGGAGCAGCUGGAGAGGGAGAGCAGGUACAAGAGCAGUGUCAAUGCAGACAGGGAGGUGAGGCGCUGCUCCAACUGGCAGGAGUACAAAGCCCUCCUGAAGCAGAGGAGCCAGCAGAAGGUUUGGAGACGACCGCCACAUCUCUGGGACCAACCUGUCACUCCGCUUUUGCGGCUGGAUGAAGCCACCUCAUCAGCUGCUGUCCUCCAGCAGAUCAGCGUGCUGCAGCCCUCCCACAUCCUGGAUGGAGCCUCCCGGCUGCAGGAGGACACAGAGGGCAUGACGAUAGACUUCAACGUGUAUCAAGCAGAUGCUGUGGCCAAGUUUAAGAAGACAAACCCUGGAAAGCCAUAUGUCAGGAUGUGUGUACGGAGCUUUGAUGAGCAGAUUCCAUCCCUCCGAGCUUUGAAGCAGGUCACAUAUCAGAGUGGGGAUGUCCCGGUGGUCUUUGCACUGGUGGACCAUGGAGAAAUUGCCUUUUAUUCGCUAAAGGAAUUCAAGCUGCCAGUUGAUGUUAAUCACUGAAGUUGCUGUCGCGUGCAGAAGUGAUGUGGGAUGAAGGGGAGAGCUUUAUUCAGGAUUUGCUUUCUUGAUUAAUGGAAUAUUAUGGAAAACAGAGCCUGUGAUAACCAACUUUUACACUUGGUAGUCGACCACUGCAACAGGUGUCACUUAACCAGGAGGUGGCUCAUCCAUAAAAGCAAAUUUACUGCAACCAAGCAGUGUGUGCAGCUUAGCGGGGCAUAUCUGGACUGGAAUACGCGCUGCUUUGCUCUUGAAGCCACUGGUUCUCCAGCUUUCUGAUCUCAUGGACCCACUAGCCUUUCUUUGACUAGAUCUGUCGUCUCUGGCUGUCCUGUGGACCACUAGAACACUUUGCUGGUGACCCUCUUUUCGUACGUUAAGAACAGCUGUGCUAGGCCGGUCUGAACGGUUGGAGAAUCGCUGAGGUCAGCCAGGGGCAGAAUAAGCUGAUCAGAGCAGUGGUGGUAUCCUGAGCCUCUGUCAUUCAGCUGCACCAACAAACAUCGGAUCAGAUUCUGAUGUGAAAAACAAAGUCACAGCCGUAAAACUCGGCCACAGGAAUCAAGUUUCUGGAUACUUGAGAGCAGGAAACUCUGGUCUUUGUGCACUGUUUCAUCAACCAGAGGUCACAGAAAGCCCCAGAGCAUUGCAGAUGACACCUUGGCCUUGUGCUGUAAUGGCUGUCCUGAGAUGUGCUUUGGCCAUGCAGCAUUAUAUCUCAUUAAAAUUAUGCCAUAAUAUCA